CUUAUAGAUCCAUCAAAAGGAGAAUGCUUUUGGAAAAUGACUCUUCAGUGACUGAGUUCAUUCUUGCAGGUUUAACAGAUCAACCAGAUCUCCAGAUCCCCUUAUUCCUUCUCUUUUUAGGGGUCUAUGUGAUCACUAUAGUGGGAAACCUGGGACUGAUCAUUUUAAUCAUGAUGAAUUCUCACCUUCACACUCCUAUGUACUAUUUCCUCUUCAACUUGUCUUUCAUUGAUCUUUGGUACUCCUCUGUCUUUACUCCCAAAAUGUUGAUGAAUUUUAUUUUAGAGAAAAAUAUCAUCUCCUAUUCAGGAUGUAUGGCUCAGCUCUUUUUCUUCUGUUUUUUUGUUAUUUCUGAAUGCCAUGUGUUGACAAUAAUGGCUUAUGAUCGUUAUAUUGCCAUCUGUAAUCCAUUGUUAUAUAAUGUCAUUAUGUCCUAUCAGGUCUGUUCAUGUCUAUUGGGUUGGUCUUAUACAAUAGGGUUUGCUGGUGCAAUGGCUCACACUGGAUGCAUGCUGAGACUGUCCUUCUGUGAUGACAAUAUCAUAAACCAUUACAUGUGUGAUAUAUUGCCCCUCCUCCAGCUCUCCUGCACCAGCACCUAUGCCAAUGAGCUGGUGGUUUUCAUUACUGUGGGCUUUAACGUCAUAGUGACUAGUGUCACCAUCUUCACCUCUUAUGCUCUCAUCCUGUCCAGUAUCCUGAGCAUCAGUUCCAGGGAAGGCAGGUCUAAAGCCUUUAGUACCUGCAGCUCCCACAUACUUGUUGUUGCUCUUUUCUUUGGGUCAGCUUUAUUCGUGUAUCUUAAACCUGCUUCCUCAGAGGUUGUGGACCAGGGGAAAGUAUCUUCAAUCUUUUACACAAAUAUGGGGCCUAUGCUAAACCCCCUUAUUUAUAGUUUGAGGAAUAAAGAUGUUCAAAUUGCCUUAAAGAAAACCUUGAGAAAAAUGUUCUCCAGAACAGGAAUAGGAUUUUCAUAA